GUUACGCUGCGUCACCAGGAAGAGAUGAGGCGGUUUAGCGUACAGUAAACCUGGCAGAAAAGAUGCAUAAAAAGAACCUUUAGAUUGUAGGUCACCAUGGAGAAGGGGGCAAACUCUUACCAUGUGGAGUUCCCGGAUUUUUCCUGCUCGCUCCUGAAGAAAUUAAACCAGCAACGGCAGAGGGGUCAGCUGUGUGACAUCAUCGUGUCCAUAGGUGGUCAUCAGUUCCGGGCUCAUCGCGCGGUGCUGGCCGCCAGCUCGCCGUACUUCUGCGAUCAGGUGCUGUUGAAGAACAGCGCCCGCGUGGUGCUGCCGGACGUCAUGCAUCCGUGUGUCUUUGAGCAGCUCCUCCUGUCCUGCUAUACGGGAGCGCUGUCAGUGCCAUCUGGAGAGGUUGUGGCGUUCCUCACCGCUGCUAGCUUUUUGCAGAUGUGGCAUGUUGUGGACAGAUGUACAGAGCUACUCGAGGUGGGCAAUAAGAAAAAACGAUGUGGACGUUUUGAAUACGGAUCAUCGCCGAAAGCCGACGGUUAUGCCACGGAUAACGAGGACAUCGGACAGAGUGUAAGUCAAGGGGACAAUGUAGAUGAAAACGAGAUGUCAGUUUCUGCUUUGGGACCAGGAAGAUUUCAAAGCGCCAGCUGCUCUUCUCUGGAUAAUUUGAGCAGCGAGUCUGAUGCCACGGAAAACCAGUGCACAAGACCUGCCUAUGUGCCACCGAGCAUUAUGGGACACCGAAAGAAAGUGCAUGUAAAAAUGGAGAGGUCGGGUCAUGAGGCCUGCGCUGGCCUUUUCAGCAGUGAGCCCACUGUAAACGAUUCAGAUCCGAAUUGCCACACACCGAACACAGUUGAGGACUGUUUUGAUGAGAAACUGGUGAGCCAUCUGGAGGAGUGCCUCGACAGAAAUUGCUCCUACGAGGAACCCUUAGACUUCUACGGAUCCUCUACAGAGGGCUUUUCGCAGGCUGCGGACGAGAUCGCCAACCCAACAUCCAAGGAUAAACCUCAGCUAGAAAAAGACACAGAUGUUGCCAAAGAGGAGGAGGACCCUGCUCAUGCUGACAGCGGUCUAAAAGAACAGACGUCUCACUCAGGGUUCACCUCUGCCGUGUAUAAGCUCUAUCCAUGUCAGUGCGGCAAAAGUUUUACGCACAAAAGCCAGAGGGACCGUCACAUGAGCAUGCACCUGGGCUUACGGCCGUUUGGUUGCGCCGUUUGUGGAAAGAGCUUUAAGAUGAAGCAUCACUUGGUCGGCCACAUGAAGAUUCACACAGGCAUCAAACCUUAUGAAUGCAGCAUGUGCUCGAAACGCUUCAUGUGGAGAGACAGCUUCAACCGUCAUACCUCCACCUGUGCGAGGGCCCACCAGACUCGACGUGCCAGACUGGAGCCGAGUCCCAGAUCUGCUAGCGCUCAGACUGGAACUUGUUAGGAAACAUUUGGGAAACAGAAGAGCCACUGUACGGCCACAGAGAAUGAGUUUCAUUGCUUUUUAUUUAAAACUUUAUGAUCUGAGGCCUCUUAUUAUUAUAAUACCAAUGCAGCAUUAUACAGGAUUUAUACCUUCAUCUUAACUGCCCUCUGUGUUGACACUUGCAGCACGUUUGCAAGAUUCUGUAUUUUGGUUGCUCAGCGGUAAAGAGUGUUUUGAAUCGGAUUUCAAAGGGAUUGUUUUAGCCAUAAAUCUUCUAAGCCAUUCUAAUCCAUUUAUGCUCGAAAAGUCAAGAGAUUUAUUAGGAGGAUUUUAGUUUAAGUCAAAUAUAAUCAUCCGUAAUGCUGUGUGAAUAGCAUUGCCAUUCUUUCUGCAAAUAGUUUUAACAAGAUCUUGUAUGUGAUGCUUCGUUUGUCAACAGAUUUUCUUUUGUAUUAUUCCAUUAUUGCAAAAUAUUAAGAAUCUGUAAGCAAAUUGUACAAAAACACGUUAUAGAGAGAUUUCACCCUUUAAUGAGACGGACAAGAAAACAUUUUUUGCAAAAAGAAAAUAGAGUCUAUUAUUAUAUAUAUUUUUCAAUGACAAUGUUUUGAUGACAAUUAAUCAUUCUCCCAAUUCUCAGUAUUGAAGUGUCAGGGUGUUUUAUCUUUUCUUUAAAUUUUUACAAUACCAUGCACUGUAAAAAUUUUUAACAAUUUAUUAUUUCAUUACAAUAAUGGGAGUUGGAUUGCUUAAUUGUCCUGAAAGUAGUUAUAUAUUGAAAGCAGUAUAUGUAUAUUGGGGUGAAAUUGGACCUGACAUGUUUUUGACAAGCUUUGAUCUUAAAAGGUUGUAAUACAGACAAAUCUGUAAAUUUAAUAAAAUGUCAUAUAAAGUGAUUUAAGGGCUGUAAACGACUUGUACAAGUGCAGAUAGAUGUUUACAUGUUUCUUUUAUGUAAUGUACAGAAUGUGCCAUGAAUGGAUGGCUAUGUUAAUUGAUUAUAGUCUUUAUAUGUGAUAAAGUUAACCACAAACCUCACUUACAACAAUACCUCAGACGCUGGGGAAUUUUGUUAGUUUUCUGAUCUGUUACUGGACUCUAAAGAACUUUUUAAACAGUGUUUAAAUAUUUUUUUAACAUUAAUAAUAUUCUCUAUGCUUCAAACUAACAAGUGACAAUCAGGUAUACUGGUACAGUCGAGUGUAAAUAAGGUUUUGCACUGACCUCAAAGUUAAUUCAUUGAUGCCGUAAUGUUAAAGCUACACUGGGUUAUUAACAAGACUGUACAUUUAGAAAAAUAUAUUGUUCAUUCAGGCAUUGUUUUGUCUCUUCUUUAUAUAUAUAUAUAUAUGACAUAUAUCAUAAUUCGGUUAAAAUGUUUUACAAUUGAAGCAGUCCAAAUGUAAUUAAUAACUGCAACAUUUUUGUGACAUUUCAAUUCUAGGAAGGAAAUAUCUUCAUGUGUAUAUAUUUCUUCGCCGGCAGGUGACGCUUUAGGACGUGGCUGGAUCAUCACUACCUCAAAUGGACUGUCCUUACACAUUAAUCUGUUGAUUAUAAAAAGCUUCUCUAACUGGACUACCCGCUCAUCUCUUGCAGUAAAAUUCGGUUGUUUUCUUCUUAUAGAAGAACUUUGUGAGAUGUUGUGAAAUUUGUACAAAGAUGUGUUUAGCAAUAAAUGUUUUAUUUGUGCUUGA